UCCCCCCCGUUCGCCGCCUCACACGGUACCCGCACGGACGCAGACAACACGAUGAAGAUCCUUGUAUUCCUGGUGAUGCUGACGGUGUGUGCGGCGACGCCUCAAGACCUUUCAGGUAAAAUGUUCAUCUUCCCAGAAGAGACCAAUACAGCCCAAGUAAAGAUAGAAACAUCAACAGAGAAUUUCAGUGCGGUCACCAUCUGUCUCAGGGCCUUCACAGACCUCGCCAGAAACCACGCCUUGUUUUCUCUGUCAACGCCCUCCAGUGCCAAUGAUUUUUUGAUUUUCAAGAGGACCGUCGCUGAUGAGAUCCAGCUACACAUCAAAAACACCUUUCAGAACGUGAGAGGGCUGGAAUACAAGCCGAACACCUGGCAUGCUGUCUGUGCCACUUGGGAUGCUGUUUCUGGGCUGGGACAACUGUGGCUGGAUGGGAAGUCCAGUGUUAAGAGGUUCUUCAGCUCAGAAUCCAAUAUCAUGGGAACCACAGUCAUCACAUUAGGACAGGAGCAGGACAACCACGGUGGGGGAUUUGAUAGCAAACAGUCCUUUGUUGGCAUGCUCGCCGAUGUUAACCUGUGGAACUACGUUCUCUCACCAUGCGAGAUCCACGACUAUACAGAUGGCCUCAACUUCACCCCAGGAAACGUGGUCAAUUGGCGGGCGCUGGAAUUUGAGAUUAUAGGAAGGGUGCUGCUUGAAAAUAAGCAAGUUAACUGUGACUGAACCACAAGUUUCAGCCACCUAUGUUACAUUAGUAGACCUCAUCAUUGGUAGGAAAGAGAAUGGUUACCCAAGCCGCUAUGUAAGAUCUUUUUCUACUGUCUUUUAUAGAUCAUAUCAUGGUACCAAUAAUUAGAAUGUUUUUUUCUGCAUUAUAUCCUCUGCUCUUCCAACCAAUUGUUUAGGUAGGUGAUUUUUGUUUAGAUGAAGUUUCAUUGUUGAGCGUUCAAUAUUGUCACUGAACACCUUAAAUAUUCGCUUUUUUUUUUACACAAAGACUAAAUCUAAGCCAAUUAUAAAACUGUCUUUGCUGUUAUUAUAACCUGGAAAUGACUGUAUCACGGUACAUACUAGACGUUCACUCAACAGAGAUAGCUCAACAACCAGUUAUAAUAAUUACAAAGGAAAUCACGGGCGACUACCUGUGUUCUUGGAGACCAUAGAAAUUUGGAAAUUCUAAGAAUGAGUCUGAGGUUCCCUUGUGAAAAUAUGUUACUCAAUUAAAGAAGACAAGAUCCA